UAGAGCAGCUCCUCUCUACUACAGUCAUUACGGUAGAGCAGCAUGGUCCUGCUGAGAGCUGCUGCUGCUUCAUGUGUGUUUCUCUACAGAAGAGUUUCAGUCUCUGUUAUGGCUCAGCACAGAUUCAUCGAUAUCGGAGUGAACCUGACCGACCCGAUGUUCAGAGGAAUCUACAGAGGGAAACAGAAACACGACGACGACUUCGAUCAGAUCAUCGACAGAGCUCUCAGAGCCGGAGUAGAAAAGUUUAUGAUCACGGGAGGAAACCUGGAAGACAGCAAGGAGGCCCUGAAACUAGCAGAGAGCAGAGAGGAGUUCUACUGUACGGUGGGCUGCCAUCCGACCCGCUGCAGCGAGUUCGAACAGAGCGGAGAGUCGCAGUACGUCUCCGGGCUGAAGGAGCUCGCCGCCGCCAACAGAGGGAAGGUGGUCGCCAUCGGAGAGUGUGGCCUCGAUUUCGACAGGCUGGAAUUUUGCCCAAAAGAGACUCAGCUCAAAUACUUUGAGAAGCAGUUCGACCUGGCGGAGGAGACCAAGCUGCCCAUGUUCCUCCACUGCAGGAACUCUCACCAGGAGUUCAUCGACAUCAUGAAGAGGAACCGAGACCGAUGUGUUGGAGGAGUGGUUCACUCGUUUGACGGGACGGCUGAAGACGCUGCUGCUCUCAUCGACCUCGACCUUUAUAUCGGGAUCAACGGAUGUUCGUUGAAAACAGAAGCAAACAUCACAGCCAUGAAGUCCAUCCCCACAGACAGACUCAUGAUAGAAACAGAUGCUCCGUGGUGCGGCGUGAAGAACACUCACGCAGGCUCCAAAUCUGUAAAAACGACAUUUCCCACGAAGAAGAAGUGGGAGGCGGGACACUGCCUGAAGGACCGCAACGAGCCCUGUCACAUCAUACAAGUCCUGGAGGUGAUGGCAGCAGCAAGAGAAGAAGACCUGCUGGAGCUGAGCAACACCAUCUACAACAACACCACCAGAGUCUUCUUCAGCUGAGGAAGAUCUACAACACCACCAGAGUCUUCUUCAGCUGAGGAAGAUCUACAACACCACCAGAGUCUUCUUCAGCUGAGGAAGACCUACAACACCACCAGAGUCUUCUUCAGCUGAGGAAGAUCUACAACACCACCAGAGUCUUCUUCAGCUGAGGAAGAGCACAAGAAACCUUCAGGAGAGUGUGUGUGUGUGUGUGUGUGUGUGUGUGUGUGCGUAAACGCAUGUGUGUGUGCGCGUAAGCGUGUGUGUGUCUGAGUGUGUGUGUAAGAUUGUGUGUGUGUGUCUGACUUUGUGUAAGUGUGUGUGUGUGCGUAAGAUUGUGUGUCUGUGUGUGUGCGUAAACGCAUGUGUUUGCACGUGUAAGAUUGUGUGUGUGUGUGUGUGUGUGUGUGUGUGUGCAUGCGCAUAAGAGUGUGAGUGUGUGCGUAAGCGCACGCAAGAUUGUGUGUGUGUGUCUGAGUGUGUGUAAGCGUGUGUGUGCGUAAGAUUGUGUUUGUGCAUAAACGCAUGUGUGUACACGCAUAAGAUUGUGUGUGUGUGUGUCUGUGUGCGUAAGAGUGUGUGUGUGUGUGAGAUAAAACUCUCUUGUUGCCAAUUUGAAAAGUUAAGAAACUUCUGAUGUCUCUUCUAAAAUAAAAUAUGUUUAUUGGUCAUUUUAUGAGUUUUUUUGUGUAUCUGCAAAUUAAGUUUCUGCCACAAAAUAGAAGCCGUGAUUAUAAAGUCAACCUCAUUUUUUA